CAAACCCAAAUCUAGGUUCUCUUGUAAACUUCAUCUUCUUCCUCAUAUUCUUUCCCUGCUCAUCCUUCUUCCUUCUUCUUCUUAUUCUUUCUCUCUCUUUUUUUCUCUCUUCUCCUUUCUUCUUCCUCUCUCAAACCCAGAUCUGGGUUUUAGAAAAGCUGCUCCCUUCUUCGGCUUGCUUUUGGAAACGACAUUGAUGUCCUCACUCGGUGAUGCUUGCUUUCCAUCAAAUCAAACUCCAAUAAACAAUCCAUAAAAUUCAUUGACCUGCUCUGUAUAACCGGACCUGGACUUUUCCCUAUCAGAACCCAGUUCUUCUUCGACAAUGACUCCAACCCCAUUAGCCGCGCCACCACUCUUGGAUUAGCAUUAGCACUAGCCACAACCUGGAGUUGGAUCUUACCCUCAUCAACAAACUCAAUUGCCUCAUCCAACUCAACAAACUCGAUUACCUCCUCCGCGACCCCUUAUUCCCGUCCCUUGCCUGUCUAUGAAGAUUGCUAGUCUAAAGAGGCCACGUCCACCCUCAUCAACACCUAAGGAUGCCUGUGGCCGCCUAGGUUCAGCGUCGGUGGACGAUGGGUAUUUUAGAAGAAAUUAUUCGGCCCUUGCUGUAGCUAUAGCUGUAGCAACAGUAGAGAGUGAAGAGGAAGAAGUAGGUGAAAGCGAGGGAAAGGAAAGUGAUCAAGGUGAAAGGGAAGAGAAGGAGGGUAUAGAUCUGGUUUUGUUCUUUUGCUUAUUGUGUGUUUUCUAUGUGUAUUUUCUGAGUUGAUUAAGUGGUUUUCAUAUUGAUUAUUUUCGAGAUUAGAUCUACAGUUGGCUUGUAUGUGAUUUGGCUCGAAUUGCUUUUUUUCUAGAAAUUCUUUACUCUUUUUAAUCUAUGUUCCUUUCUAUUAGUUGGCUUUGUUGACUCAAUGUACUCCAAAAGGGGGGUGAAUUGGAAUUCCAAAAAUUCUUCCCUUUUUGCAAUCACAAAGCCAAAAUUAAAGAGAGUAGAAAAGAAGAGCUUGCUCAAUGAUUUAUAAAGGUUCAGUCCAACC